AUUCAACAUCAAUCAAUAAAAAUUGUAAGCUAUAGUAAUGGCUUCCAACAAAUUCUCUAUCACAAUUUUAGUGAUUUUUCUCCUUGCUUACUUAACAUUCACUGAGGCUAAUGGUUCAUGCCCACCAUCACCAAAGCCAAAACCACCACCACCACCUUCACCUAAGCCUUGUCCUACUCCAGCUUCCGCUCCACCUCCAGUCCAAGGUUCAUGCCCCAAAGACACCUUAAAGUUAGGGGUUUGUGCUGAUCUUUUAAGGUUGGUUAAGGUUCCUGUUGGAAAUCCUCCUUCAGGUAGUAGUUGUUGUGCAUUGAUAAAAGGUUUGGCUGAUUUGGAGGCUGCACUUUGUCUUUGCACUGCAAUUAAGACCAAUGUGCUUGGAAAUAACUUGAAUGUACCUGUCACACUCACUUGGAUCCUUAGUGCAUGUCAAAAGACACUGCCUCGUGGUUUCCAAUGUGCUUAAGGAUUCCAAUUAGAUGUCUCUCAUUGUUGAUUAAGUGCAUUAUAAUCGUCUGGUUCUAUAGGAUUUGUUUCAUACUAGGAUAGUUAACAAUAAUAUAUUUUAUCCAUAAUGAAAUAUAAGUACAAAUAAUAUUUGAAAAAUA